GUUAUAAUUAUUUUGAGAGGAGAGAGCUCGAACGAGGCCACCCGCGGUAAUCCAAUUAUAAGGCUGUGCGUUAUCAUAUUUUCAAAGGCGGAAGCGGUCUACCGAAGCCUGCGGCGUGCAGUGCCUGUCUUUCAUACCUACGUAAGCCGCCGCUUCACACUCGGCCUUCUAUCGCUUUAUUUACAUCCAAUAGUUGUGGAGCAACAAUAAUCAAACACACACAUAUCUUCCUUGUAUGCGCAUUAGUGUAUAAAGUCGUAUAUUUGGUGCGUAGUGACCUUUUUUAAAUUCACCGCGAAAAUGCCUUUGUUUUGGUACCAAACACAGGAUAAAUGCGAUUUCUGAAGUGAUUUUACUAGUUCAGUGGUAUUUUUUCGGUUUUUCCAUUAUCUGUUUCUUGCUGUUUAUAUUUCUUCCAAUUAAAAUUGUUUAGACAACCCCAGACAUCUGAAAUUUCGUCACAAAAAGGCCAGAAUGGAUGAUUGUUGUCGGCUCUGUGGGUAUAGCAGAGUUACCCAAACAGAUUCAUAUAAGGAAGGAAAUUUUCAGCUACAAUUAAAACGUGCAUUCGAUAUUGAUGUCAACAAUGAUGAUGAAUUGCAACCUACUUUUAUCUGUCAAAACUGCGUAAGGGCUUUGAGAAAGUGGUGGGAUAAAGCCAAGAAAAACAAGAAAGCCACACUGAACAUUCAGCUUGUAGAGUUUUCAGCAAAUGGUCCUGAAGCUAAAAAGAUUAAGUGGGAUGAAGUUGUAGAUUAUGCUAAAGGCCUUGGGUUUGGUUAUUGUGUUGAUGGUGAUUUUCAUGUCUUUGCUGUUAUGACGCACACAGGUCAAGCUAGAAAAUGUAUUUCUGUGAGUGCGAAUGAUUGGCAACUGUAUAGUUACGGAAAGCUAGUGACGAAAGCAGGCAGUAUAAAAAAUCUGACUGUAAAUUCUGCAGAUAUACAGGUAUAUGAAUUGAUACGUUGUGUGUCCAUGAUGACAAAUUGCAUAGGAAACAAAGACCUAAAAUGUGUAAAGUCCGAUUCCAGACAUAAACAAUGCCACAUAUUGAUUGCUGAAGGAGGACGUUGUUUCCCUUGUAAAGUUUUUAGAGGGGAUUUGAUGUCAUUGGCCCGUAAACAGCAAAAAUCGUCUGUUUGUGAUGUUCUGUCAUCAUCCACUAGAACUGACUACCUUUCUGUGAGCGAGCUUUCUCUUAAAGCCAAUAUACUUAAGCAGCAAAACAAAAUAUUAAAACGUAGAAGCAAUCAAUUGCAGGAUAAAGUUGAUAAAUUCAUCCAUGAAGAGGCGGAAACAAUUUCCAGAAACCAGGCCAAAUUGCUCGGUGAAGUAAUAACAGCAGAUGAAAUGAGCAAUAAAUUGUUUGAUGGUAAGCCCGCAGCUAGAUUAUUGUGGCAACAGUAGCAAGAAGCUUAUGCUAAAGACAAACAAAUGCGUUGGCACCCAGCAAUCAUCAGAUGGUGCAUUGCGCUGAGUGCAAAAUCAACCGGUGGAUAUGAGCUUCUCCGAGAUAGUGGUUUUUUAAAAUUGCCACAUUUAAAAACUUUGCAGAAAUACACGCAUUUUGCAUUGCCCAAGGCUGGGAUUAGUGACGAUUUUCUUGACAGAAUGUGCAAGGAUUUUAAAGUGGAGAUCAUGGAAGAUCAUCAGCGAAAUGUAACAAUAUUAUUUGAUGAGAUGAAAGUUAAGUGUGGCUUAGUGUACAAUGUUCGUAGUGGCCAAUUGGUUGGCUACACCGAUCUUGGUGACGUAUCAAAUGAUAUAGCAGACUUUGCACGUUGCAGCAAUAAUGUUGAUCCGCAACUAGGAACACAUGUGCUUGUGUUGAUGGUGAGAAGUAUUUGGGGCCCAUUAGUCACACCAAUUGCAUACUACCCGACAGAAGGCAUUGCAAGCCGCUCGCUGUACCCAAUCAUUAACAAGGCUGUGAAUAUACUGGAACUGUUGGGAUUGCGUGUUCAUGGGCUUGUUUCAGAUGGAGCCUCUCCAAAUCGGAAGUUCUACAGCUUGCAUUCGACCACAGAAGUGUGUAGUGCUGGAGUUACAUACUACACCACCCAUCCAGCGGACUUCAACCGAAGAUUGUAUUUUUUCAGGGAUGCGCCGCAUCUAAUAAAAACUGCAAGAAAUAACUGGGAGAACUCAAAUUACCAUAAUAAAACAAGGAAUCUACAUGUAAGUCUACAGAAUAAAAACUGCCUUAAUUGCUAG